AUGAGAUUACUAUCAUGGGCCUUGUUAGGCCUCUCAACAUCAGCAGCAGCGGCUGAUGUCAACACCACCCACGAAUCGCGAAACAUUCUCUCCUCCACAUUCGCUCCCCCGAAGCACUUCCGCAAUGUCAACCUGGUGCGGAAUAUCAAUCUGGAGAAGAGCUAUCCGCGGGAGACGCUGAAUGUCGUGAUUGAGAAUGUGGAUAAGGAAGCGCAGAGGGAAUAUUUCUUGCCUUUUGAGCAGGGCACACUGGGCAGGAUUGGGGGCUUAGAGGUCAGGGAUAAGAAGGAGGCUGAGAAGUCGGGUGUGUUUGGGGUUGAGAUUGUUGGAAUCGAUCCGACGAGGUACGAAGAAGAUGAUGUUCGAAUGCAUGGUGGAAUAUACUGACAAAAGAGCUGUAGUUCAACGGAAUUCUACAAGAUCACACUCCCUAAAGCUCUUCCACCAAAGGAGCAAUUGACACUCUCCAUCACGUAUUACAUCCUCGCCGCCCUCGAACCUCUUCCAGCGCAGAUCGGUCAGACGGAAAAGCAAUAUGUUCUACACAAGUUCUCCGCGUACACACCCAGCGCGUACACGACGAUGAAGCAGAAGACGAAACUCAAGCUGCCUACGACCGAUGUGCCCGAUGUCGUCACUCUUCCCGCCUCUUUGAACGCCGAAGGAAAGGAGGAUCCUCAAAAGCAGGGAACUUCUUUCACAUACGGUCCAUACGGACAGCUCGAGGCCGGCGCAGUUCAAGAAGUCAGCGUGCGAUACGAGUUCACCAAGCCCCUCACGCACAGCAAGCUUCUGGAGAGAGACGUCGAGGUCUCGCACUGGGGAGGGAACGUUGCUACGGAGGAGCGUCACUGGCUCACCAACCGCGCUGCUACUUUGAAGGACCACUUUUCGCGGGUGACAUACCAGCAGUCGAGCUACUACAACCCACCCACGAGCGCUCUGAAGGAGCUCAAGUUCCCUCUCAGCGUUGGCAGUGUAGACGCCUACUUCAUCGACGAUGUGGGUAACGUGUCGACCUCGAGAUUCCGCACCAACUCUCGCGAAGCCAAUCUCGAAUUGAAGCCCCGCUACCCGGUCUUUGGCAACUGGAACUACUCCUUCAAGGUGGGCUGGAACGUGGAUCUCACGAACUACCUUCGCAUUUCCAAGGACAACCCGGAGAGCUUCGUGCUCAAGGUGCCUUUCUUCGAGGGGCCAAAGCAAGCUGAAGGGCUGGAAUACGAACGGAUUGUCACCCGCAUUGUCCUGCCCGAAGGCGCAAAGUAAGUCUCCAAUAAAUUCGUUCUACCAUGAAGCUCUAUCUAACUUCUCUCCACCAGGAACGUCAAAUACGAGACCAACAUCCCCGUCAUCUCCUCCGAAACCGGCUUCUACCGCACCUUCAUGGACACGGUCGGCCGCACCACUCUCACACUCACCGCUAUCAACCUUGUCGAUGAGUUCCGCGACCGAGACCUCGUCGUCACUUACGAUUACCCUUCAAGCGCCAAGUACUGGAAACCUUUGACCAUCACGGCCGGUAUGCUGUUGGUAUUUGUGAUUUCUUGGGUCGUCGGCAACCUCGAUGUCAGCAUUGGGAAGAAAAAGCAAGCAUAG